GUUCACCAAAGGAGAGAAAAUAUAUCGAGUUGAACGACAACCAGAGCCCGCUACAACUUCACUUUCACCAUGAGCUUUGCAAAAGGCAGGAGAGUGGAACGUAUUCAGGUUUAGCCAAGCUGCUAACACAACAGAUGUAGCAAACGUUGGCUAACAUUAGCUCAGAGCAAAGGCGCAGGCGACUGAAGCGAGAUGAUACACUGGUACGCACUUCCGUGUUUGUAUUAGCCGGCUGCAGAUAUGUGGUUCUGGUUGGGCUGAGAGUCGUUCAGUGAGGUGAUAGUUUAUACUUUGUGCUUUUGUUCACCUAAGCGUAUGUUAGUGAUAUUCACUAUCUGCGUUAGUCUGCUCACCGUAAGGUUAAGGCUGUGUUUAUUUUUUAUUUAAUAUCGCAGAGCAGACAACGCUUCCUCGUAGUAACAGUAGUAAUCGUUUGUUCUCAUAUUGCAGGUGUGCUGUGAGAAAACACUGAAUCCACGGAGUAUGUUACUCGCACUGCGUUAUUGGACCUUUAUUUAAUCCAAAACGCUUCUCUAGAUUUGCCUCACAGACGUACCGCAGCUGCGUAUUUUUAUCUUGACCUUUCUAACUUCUUUGGCUAAACUUCAAGAAAACCGGCGACGUCAAGUUUACAAACAGCACGUUAAACACCUCGGCAGUGGCAGUUAGUGUCUCUUUUGUCUUCCGGAACUGUUGUCAGAAAGUAGGUAAGCAACUGAAACAUGAAGGCAUCUAGAGGCGGCAGUGAAGAGGAAGCUCCCCGGCAGAAUGGCGCUACUGGCCGCAGGAAAGGAGACCAGCAGCAGCAGCGAGGUGAUGGGGACGAAGGUACUUCUGGCUUCAGCCCAUCUGACAUGCCUGACGAUGAUAACCCGGGUCUCAGAAGAGAAAUACGGAGCAAGUACAGAGAACUCAUCAACACAGUGCAACAGAACAGAGAAGAUAUGCUGAGCCCCUCCAAUAACAAACUCACAGAGGUUUUGGAAGAAGCAAACGAGCUUUUUAAAGAUGUCCGGCAGGUGAGGGAAGCCGCUCUGGAUGCCCAACUCCUCGUCAUGGCCACAGACCUGGGAAAGGAGAAGGCCAGCCAGCUGUUUGCUGAGAGCUCCUCUUUCAAUCCAUCUGCUUUUGCUGAGCAUCUUCUGACCUUCAUGGGUCUUAACCGACUAGAAAACGGGGAGAGUGAGCACCACAACGGGGGUGCAGCUGAUGGCUACUUGCCUCAGGAUGCCUGGCACAGAGUGGCCGAGAGGGCAGCGUGCUGUUUCAGGACAGCACCCUCCUUCCACUACAUGAUGGGUACGUUCCAUGCAGAGCCACCUCCUCCAAAGCAAAGGAUAGAACGACAAAACAGAGCACCCACCAAAGAAGCCAAAAGGAUAAUGCCCACUCAGAUGAAAAAAAUGGAAGAGUCUCAUCAAGAGGCGACAGAGAAAGAGGUGGAGAGGAUCCUGGGAUACCUGAAGAGUUAUUACCAAGACGAUCCCACAUCACCAAUAUCAUAUUAUGAGUUUGUCAUUGACCCCAACUCAUUUUCUCGGACAGUAGAGAACAUUUUCCAUACGUCUUUUCUCAUCAGGGAUGGUUUGGCGCGGAUGUAUCUGGAUCCAGCAGAGUUGCCUUGUAUAGCUCCUGUAGAGGAGGGGGAGGUGGAAAUUGAAGGCUCAUGCAGCCGGAAACAGUGUAUCGUCUCUAUCAGCCCAAAGAUCUGGAAGGAGCUCAUAGAGGCAUUCGACAUCAGAGACACGAUUAUUCUGCCUCCAAACUCACAAAAUGCGUGAACACGACAUUGUUUGCUGUUGUUUUUAAGUGUGGCGUUGUGUUUUUGCGCUGUUUUCAAAAUUGGCAAAGGCAUUCAAUUGCACAUUUUGUUUUUAAUUUUUACUGUUUUAUAUAUUUGAUUAAUAAAAUAUAAAGAAAU